UUGACGCACAUGUUUAUACUGGUGAAAAGAAGGAAGAAGCAACAUACCACCUCUCCUGAGAGAUCUUAGAAGUUUGGUUCAUCUCAGGAGCUGACGAAUACAGCCAUGAAGAGCCUCAAGUUUAUAGCAGCAGAGAGUUUUGUUCAGAAUGGCUUGAAUGCUUGUAAGAACCUUCAUUGCUUAUCUUACAAUCUUUACCCAAUCCUUUUUAAAGCCAGCUAUCUGUGUGAGCAAGCCGCGGUGCUCCACGAUUUGGUUCAGACGUGGCCUCUCGCAGAGCUUAGCUUGCGUAAGUUAUUGGGUAAAACCGCGGACUGCCCCGAUGACCUUACCUCCCGUACCUGCAGGCUUUGUCUGGAGGCCUUUCUUACAGGUCUGAAGGACUAUGUGCUUCAAGCUCCAUCCACCUAUGCCAAAAUGCUACGUAUAGUGGAUUUGCUUGGUCUGCAAGACACAGAACACCAGGCCUGUCCUUGCAGAUGUAGACUCGGUCGCUGGGCACGGACUGAAAUGCUUGCUCGUAUAUGCUACGAGACUAUGGUGCACAUGCAGGCUGGCAAUGCCGCAUCUUCGGCCUUUGAGGUAGAGAUAGACGUUCGGGUGGAGACUUUCGUUACUGGACGAAAUUACGAGGUGGUGGUCCAGGCUCUGUUGCUGCGCAGACAUUGCCCAUUAAAGCUGCACUUCGUAGGUCUACGUGUGGACUCGUUGAGCCUCAGGAACCUCUUUUACAUGCUGAAACUGGUGGAGUCACAUGAUCUGCAAAAGCUGGAGGUGGUGCAUAACGUACACCUGGAAGCUCCACACAUUGAAGUGAUGCUCUCCCAACUGAAGUUCCCACAUCUUCGCUCGCUGACAUUCCCUGCACAGGCUUUGAACGUACGCAGGUUGGGUCCGGAGGACGCAGGCCUCAUGGGAGUUCUGGGUGAACUGAUGAGCAAACUAACAGAGCUGAGAGAGCUCUUUUUCAGCUUCUCCACUCUUACAGGACACUUGAGGAAACUUCUUAGUCCACUAAACACUCCACUGCAGUGUAUAGACCUGGCAAACUGCAACCUCAAUGCAGUGGACAUGGCAUACUUCGCCAACAGUCUUCACAGUGAGCACCUAGUAAAGCUGGACCUGAGUGGUCACGACAUAGCGGACGUCUUCCCAAACACCUUCCGGAAGCUCCUUCAUCGCUGUUCUGCAACACUCACUAGUUUAGGCCUGGAAGAAUGUGGACUGGAUGAGGAAAGCCUGGAUCUACUCACCCAAGCACUAGCACCCUGUCACGGGCUACAAGAAUUCAAAAUCUUGGGCAACCCAUUCAGCACCUCUACCCUGCGCCAAAUUUUCAACAUGCUUGCUCAAGGUUUUCCUGCUUUGAGAUAUAUUGAAUUGCCUGUCCCACGUGACUGCUAUCCUGAAAAUGUAACCUACCCAAUGGAUGACACUACCCUACUAAACUAUGACAGAGAGAAGUUCCAACAAGCUAGGACGGAACUUAUGGGCAUCUUAGAAACAGCUAGAAAAGGUCAUGUAGAAGUUUGCACUCCAUUGUUGGGUGUCUACGAUCCUGACAUCAAUGAGACGAGUAAUGAGCUGGGGGUCUCCAUGCUGCAGUCUUUCAACAGUGUUAUAGGGAACUUCAUUGAUGCUGUGAAUAAUGUUACCCAGCAGAGACAGGAGAGAAUGACAGAAUGAGCCUUUCAUAGCGAACAUAAUAAAUAUAUAUAUAUUAUAUUUUGUAUAUAAGGUGCAUGGUAUGACACACGAUACAAAUUCUACACCCGUAUAAUAAGCAUUAUUAUAAACGAGAAAACUCAAAGCUGGAUCUGAAGCUGGCAUGACAUUGACAGCUCAUGAUUUUUGAGAUGGUAGUUUAGGUGACACAGAAUGAUGUUUACACUAUAUUACUAUAACAAUGAAAUUGUACUUAUGACUUGUAAAGGCAGAGGCAAUUUUAUGUAUAUUGUGUAUAUUAGUUAUGUAUUUAUUUUUGUAGAU